CAACUCGGCAACUGCAUCGGACGAGGGCAAUUUGGCUCGGUCUAUCGCUCGCUCAACAUCGGUACCGGCCAGAUGGCGGCUAUCAAGCGGAUCAGGCUGCAUGGGAUGAAGGAGGACGAGGUGCGGGACGUCAUGCACGAGGUGGAGCUCUUGAAGCGCUUGUCCCAUCCCAGCAUCGUCAAGUACGAGGGAAUGAGCAGGGAUGAGGAGUAUCUUAAUAUUGUUCUGGAAUUCGUGGAGAAUGGCUCCCUCGGCCAAACCCUCAAAGCAUUUGGCAACUUCAAUGAACGUCUUGUCUCCUCCUACGUCGCCAAGAUCCUCGAAGGGCUCGACUAUCUUCACUCUCAGGGCGUAGUACAUUGCGACCUCAAAGCGGCCAACAUUCUUAGCACCAAGAAUGGCAACGUCAAGCUGUCGGACUUUGGAGUCAGUCUCAAUAUGAAGGCGGUGGAGAACAUCAAGCAGGAUGCGGCGACGCGGAGCAAGGCUGGACUUGGGCCCAAGCCAAAGGCGGAUGUUGCGGGUACACCAAAUUGGAUGGCGCCCGAGGUGAUCUCGCUCAAUGGUGCUGGUCCAGCUAGCGAUAUCUGGAGUCUUGGGUGCACGAUCAUUGAGCUCUUGACUGGUCGGCCACCAUACUCGGAGAUCACCAACAGUAUGACUGUCCUUUUCCGCAUCGUCGAGGACGAGAUGCCACCCCUCCCUCCCGUUUCGGCCGGACUGGAAGACUUCCUCAAGCUAUGCUUCAUCAAAGACCCCUCCUUCCGCCCAUCUGCCGCCAUCCUCUUCGAACACCCCUGGGUCUGCUCGCUCGACCCCCAACUCCAGCUCCUGCGGCCACAGGACAGCGUCCCCUUCCUUCGGCGUGUCAGCAUGAAUUACAGGCAUACCGAUUCGACUCAGCUCUUCGCGAAUGACACUCCAGGCAAUCACAUUGUUGGAUCAGCUGCGUGGGUCCGGGGUGGGCAGAGGGAUUCUCUGGCGCUAUCUGUAGUGGAUCCCUAUGCAGAUGGAGGGAGGAAGCGGUUCAGCAUGGCUAGCUCGAGCCACGGGAAGGAAUCGUCGGACGAGUGGAAACCGCAUACCUUCAUCAAGACUUCUUUUGGCCAAGGUGAAUUGAACGCAAGAUUUUGA